GAUGGUGCGUGCAAGGCAGCGGAUGGCUGCAGCUAGCGAUGAGCCAUUUGAGACCUGACUUACUUCCCCUCUCGUACGAGUACUUUGGAUGCCGGAGCAUCGUCAGCUAGCCAGCUUUUGCCAAUACAUCUUCUCAUCACAGUCACACCACUGCGCUUCUCAUUUCACAAGCUGUCGACUUCGGACCGUUCGAAAAGCUGAACUCGAGCACACCAGCCUGCCACAUUUCCUCACUUCUCACAUAAAAAAAGUCCAAGUCCCCCGUCCACCAGCGACCAACUCACCAGACGUGCAGCUUUGCCUUCCACUCAGUACCACAGAGGUCCCUCAGAAGCCGAACCCGCAAGAGGUGCACACCACUACCCCUCCAUUUGCAGGCAAAUCCCGCAGCCAUUGGCCAGUGCGCUGCAGCUCACAUCCCGGGCCGGGAAGCGCUGGCACUGUCGCACCAACAGCACCUCGUGAAAAGCACCAGGAUAGCUGCACGUUCGCUGGCCCUCCAGUGGAAAGCCGGCCUCUUAGCGGUAUUCCCUCAGCUAUCGCCUGGGAUGGAGGGAACGCCCGCGCGAUGGUACAGCCGUGAGUUGUGGGGCUGCAGCAGGUUCCCGCUCCCGUUCUGUAUGGUGACCGGGAACAGCUGCAUCGCCUUGAAGAGGGCUGCCGCUCUCCUCCUAGACGGGCCAGAUCAAUAUUGCGCGGCAAGAUUGGAAGCCUGGCUCCCCACAUUUGCUCACACGUAACCCAUUUUUUGGGGAACCGAGGCUGUUUAUUUAGUCAUCCCCAGGAUCGUGGUUGCGAG